CAUUCGCCAUCUUUGUUUUUUGCUCUAACGGACUACCGCCUGUGGGCACCAGGUGGCGCUUUUUCCACCUUUCGCUUUAUUCCGCACCUGUACUAUCACCCUGAAACUUCUCAGGUUGGAUAAAACCAUCAAAACUCAACAUUUAUGGCUCAGUAUGUUUUCUUACUGCAUUAAACUUGUGUGAAUUCCUGUUUUGUUUCAGUUUCUCCUGAGAAUUUGUCUCAUCUUCAGAGCUGAGCCUUAGGUUUCGUUUCACCGUUAGAGUCUGGUCUUCUGAGGAAUAGACGUUUGCAUGCCAAGUCUGUUAACCAGAUCACAUCCGCGUUAGCAGUCCGUCCAGCAGUAGUAGUCCAUAACUUCACAAAAUGAGUAGGAAAAACAGAAAUACGCGACUUCCAGCUCACAUCCACUCAGUUGGCCUUGACUUUAUAGAAUUUCUGCAUGAGACGAAGAGGAUUGGCAUCACCGACAGGGCUCAAAUUCAGGAAAUCUACAACAGCGAGUUCAAACUCAGAGAGAGGGAUGGUAUCAAAGAUCCCAGAUUCUCCUCAGUCCUCUAUGCGCUCAGACAGGACAGCAAAGCUCGGGUCAGCAGGAAUGGACGGGUUUACCUCAGCAGGAAUGUGCGAGUGGUGUUACGGGACCAGUGGUGGAGACCUCGUAACAGGCAGCAGAGUUCCAACAGAAGCUCUCCUCUGCCACCUAAUGGCCCAGACGCUUCUUCUUCUUCCACUCCCUCAACCCCUGGACCUGAGGGUGGUGUUAGAGCCAGAAGGAAACUAGCUAGGGAAAUCCUCAACAAGCUGAAAAAUGACAGGUCAGAGUUUGUGGCUGAUAAAAAUGGAAUUCACAUCAGCUCUGAAACAGAGAUGGUAGAUGGCAAAAUCUGCUUCUGUGUGGAGCGUGAAGAGGUUUAUGAGCAGAGGCUUUUUGUGGAGAACAGGGGAACGGGUAGUGUUUACUUCACCUACUAUUCGCCACUUCACUGGAUACACUGCUUCACGUUUGAGGACCCUGGGAGAGUGACGCGCAGCAAUCCUGUGCACCUCAGCCCUGGUAACACGUAUGAGAUCAAAGUGAAGUUCCGUGCAGAGCAUGUGGGUUUUUACAGGGUUACGGUGGCCUUUGAGUUCAAACCGAGCAUGCAGCCGUCCUCCAGACCAUUCCACAUCGUGCGCUUUAUUGAGGCAGAGUUCAGGACACAGUUGGCUGCAGAGCUGGCACCCGUCGAGCGCUACAGACAUCCCAAAGUGAGCAGUGUCCAAGCUGUGAACUUUAGUGUGGACGAAGGAAUGCAACCAGAGGGCCUGGCCAUAAAUCAUCUUAAAAAUGAGGUCCUGUUGCUGCAGUACAAAUGUCCAUCUUACAUCAAUGAUCUGACGGCAUUCCUGAAAAACUGUUCAAGGGCUUCCAGCUCCCAUCUCCAGGAUAUAAAGUCUCUGCUGGAGUCUCCUCUGAGUUUUCAUAACUAUGCAGAGCGCUUCCAAAUGCUACUUUACCUAGAGGAGUCUCAGAUGCAUGUAGAUAUCAAGAGCUACGAUAAGGAAGAUGUCACCAUGAAAAGGGACAAGUCCAAUAAGAAUCUGCUGGUGCUCAAAGUUCCAGGUGUUACUGAGAACCGGCCAUCAGUGCUGAGAGGAGACCACUUGCUGCUCACCAAGAGCAAAGACCUACAUCUGCAGUGUGUUACCAAAUACAAGGGCUAUGUGCACCGUGUAGAACUUGACCAGCUCAAACUGGGCUUCUCUUCAAGGUUCUUGGCCAGCUUCAUAGAUGAUAUGAAGUUUCGGGUGGAGUUCACUGUUAAUAGGCUCCUGAUGAGACUCCAACAUCGUGCUGUGCAGCUAGCUGUCCAGCACAAACUUGAGGAGGUCCUGUUUCCUACAGGGUCAAAGUCCAUGACCACAAGGGCAGAGCUUUCAUUGAGACUCUUUGAUAGAAGCCUGGAGCAGAAUUAUGAACAGUACACUGCCGUGUGCAACAUUGUGGCGGGUGUGUCCAAGCCUGCCCCCUACCUGGUGUUUGGGCCUCCAGGCACUGGCAAAACAGUCACCAUGGUGGAGGCCAUCAAACAGGUGGAGAAGAGUGGUGCAGAUGUGCGUAUCCUGGCGUGUGCCCCCUCUAACAGUGCUGCGGAUCAGCUGUGUGAGAAGUUGCUACAACACGUAGACUCUUACAAAGUCUACCGGAUGUAUGCCUGCAGCCGUGACCCCGAACUUGUGCCCCUUGGUCUGCUGAGUAGCUGUAACCUUAAGGGUGAAAUGUAUGAGUUUCUCAAUAAGGAGGAGCUGAUGGAGUAUACCAUUGUAGUCACUACUGUGUGCACAGCUGGCAGACUGGUCACUGGUGGGUUACCUGUUGGUCAUUUCACUCAUAUCUUCGUGGAUGAAGCUGGUCAUGCUGUGGAGUCUGAGGCCAUUAUUGGCAUAGCUGGUCUGCUGCAUGCAGAGACAGGGCAGCUGGUUCUGGCUGGAGAUCCAAAGCAGCUGGGACCCAUUCUGCGGUCUCCAAUCGCUAUUAAGUAUGGACUAGGUCUGUCCCUUCUAGCGAGAUUGAUGACCAAAAAUCCUCUCUAUCAGAAAGAAGAGACCGGAUUCAACCCUCGCUAUGUCACCAAGCUGCUGCGCAACUAUAGGUCUCACAAGUCCAUCCUUAAGAUUCCUAAUGAGAUGUUCUAUGAUGGAGAGCUGCAGCCAUUUGCAGACGAGUUCAGCACCAGCUUGUACUGCAACUGGGAACACCUUCCUAAGAGAGGUUUUCCUGUGAUUUUCCAUGGCGUGCCUGGGAAAGAUGAGAGGGAGUCAAACAGUCCGUCAUUCUUCAACACCAGCGAGAUCGUUGUCGUCGUCAACUACCUGAAGAAACUGUUGCUGUCACAGGCCAAGAAGGGCAUCGCCAAGAUCUCACCCAGAGACAUCGGUGUCAUCACCCCUUACAGGAAACAGGUGGAGAAACUGAGGAAGGCCAUCAGAACAUGUGAUAAGGAGCUGAAAGCCUACAGGAACAUUGAAGAGCUGAAGGUCGGCUCAGUGGAGGAGUUUCAGGGUCAGGAGCGGAGGGUCAUCAUUGUGUCUACUGUCCGCAGCACUAAUGAAUACAUCAAAAUUGACAAAGAUUUCAACAUUGGCUUCCUUAACAAUGAGAAGAGAUUCAAUGUUGCUAUGACAAGAGCGAGGUCCCUGCUCAUCGUGGUGGGAAACCCCAUCAUUCUCAGCAGUGAUUCCACCUGGUCCAGGUUUAUUGAGUACUGUACUGUUGAGGGAGGCUACACUGGUUUGAACCGUGCCAUUGUAGAAGGCACAGAGGAGGUGGUGGCACGAUUGACAGCUCUCAGCAUUCAAAAGGAGGAUGAAGUGGAUACUGUGAAUACUGAGGAGAGUGUUGUCCAGCAGUACGUAAACCCAGAGUGGAGGAAUGAUGAGUGACAUACACCCACCCUCUCUCUCUCUCUCUCUCUCUCUCUCUCACACACAUUCUUAUUUAAGCUUACAUUCAAUACAAGUGUAUACACAUAAAAAUAUAGUAAAGUGUUAUACACCUAUUAAAAGAUUCACAUAUGAAAGACUACAAUUGUAUAAGGAAGGUUUAUAGAUUAAUAGAAAAUCAGUAUUGACCAUGUUUAAAUGAGUCACUGGUGUAAUAUCAGUGUAAAAUCGCAGGGGAAAUGUUGGGCACUGAAUUAAAAGUUUGUUAAAUUUACAAGUUAUAAUAAUUUAAUGAUGUUCUGUGUUAACAUGAUUCAUAUUUUUUAUGUUGGUCAUCAUGAAAUUUUCUUUUGAAAUUACUUUCACAAUGAAUGUCUUAAUGAAUUACCUUAGUGAACUACCUAGUGUGCUAUAUAUCUCAGGAUUUUAGUUCAGAUUGGUUGCUAUAAAAGACUGAUAGGAAUAUCAUUUCUCAAAAGCACCUAAAAGAAGCAGUGUGGAUCGAAGUAUUUUAGGAGGCGCCAAAUUAGAAUUAAGAAGACAAGAAAAUUGUUGCAUUAUAACUGUAUUUAUCGAGCAUAUUUGUAACUGUAGUACACAAGUGGAAAGUUGUAGGUGAUUUCUUCUGUUUUUGCUAAUUUGUCAUGUUUAAAUGUUUCAGAUCAUCCAACAGAUUUUAAUAUAAGAUAAAGAUGACACGAGUAAACACAAAAUGCAGCUUUUAAAUGAUCAUUCCAUUUACUGAAGAUAAAGAUUUACUUGUGUCACCCAUCUGAUUUACUUACCUGUGUCACCCAUCUGAGUAAUUGCUCCCCUAAAUCUAAUAACUGGUUGUGCCGCCCUUGGCAGUAACAGCUCCAAUCAAACAUUUAAGAUAACUUGCAAGGUGUGUUUUACAUUGCUGUGAAGGAAUUUUGGCCCAGUCUUCUUUGCGUAUUGUUUUAAUUUGGCUGCAUUGAAGGGUUUUCAAGCUUGAACUACACAUUUAAGGUCUUGCCACAGCAUCUUAAUGGGAUUCAAGUUAGGACUUUGACUGGGCCACACCUAAACCUGAAUUUUGUUUCUUUUGAGCCAUUCAGAGGUGGACCUGCCUGUGUGCUUUCAAUCAUUGUCCUUCUGCAUAACCCAACUGCACUUGAGCUUUAGGACACGAAAUGACAGGCAGACAUUCUUCUUCAGGAUUUUCUGAUAGCAGAAUUCAUGGCUCCAUCAGUAAUGACAAGUUAUUCAGGUCCUUCAGUAGCAAAGCAGCCCCAGACCAUCACACUGCCACCACCACGUUUGACUGUUGGUAUGAGGUUCUUAUGGUGGACUGUGGUGUUAGUUUUACGCCAGAUGUAACGGAACCCUUGUCUUCCAACCCUUGAGUUCCACAUUUGACUCGGUCCACAGAAUACAGACCCGAACUAUCCCAAAAGUCUAGGGGGUCUUCUAGAUGAUUUUUGGCAAAUGUGAGAUGGGCUUUUGUGUUCCUUUUGGUCACCAGUAUCUUCCUUAUUGCGGAAUCUGACUGACCCGAACUGAGGCAAGUGAGGCAUGCAGUUCUUUAGAUGUUAACCUGGGUUCUUUUGUGACUUCCUGGAUGUGUUGUCGUUGAGCUCUUGGUAAAGUUUUGGUAGGCCAGCUACUCCUGUCCACUCACUGUUCCAGGUUUUCUCCAUAUGUAUAUAAUGGCUCUCACUGUGGUUUGCUGAAGUCUCUGAACCUUAACAAUGGCUUUGUAACUGUGUCCAACUGUAACUGAUAGAUUUCAAUGACUUUGUUUCGUAUCUGUAUUUGAACCUCUUUAGAAUGUGGCAUCAUGUGCUGCUUUUUGAGACCUUGUAGCCUGCUUCACACUGCCAGACAGGCUGUAUUUAAGUGAUGUUUAGAUUCAGCAGGACUGGCAGUAAUCAUGUCUGGGUGUGGCUAGUGACACUGAACACAAAAAUCAGCUGAAUUUAGUUAACUGGUUGAUUUAGUAGCUAAGGGGGUGAUUACUUUUUCACAUUGGGCCAGGUAGGGUUAAACAGCAUUUUUUCUUCAACAAAUGAAACCAUCAUUUGAAAACAGCAUUUUGUGUUUACUUGGGUUAUCUUCGUCUAAUAUUAAAAGUCGUUUGAUGAUCUGAAACAUUCAAGUGUGCCAAAUAUGCAAAAACAGAAGAAAUUGGGAAGGGGCAAAUACUUUUUCACAGCACCGUAGCCCAUAGCACUUGUAAAAUAAUGUAUAUAGAUUAUGGAAAAACAGUACCAAUUACAUGUUAUGUCAUUUUCAUACUUAAUUCACAUAUUUGGGUUUUCUACUAUUUAGUUAAACUCAGCAAUGCUGUAUGACCAAAGGAUUAGAUUUAACAUGAAAAAUUAAGCAAUAACACCCCAUUUUUAUCCAUAUCGUUUUUGCAAAUUUGAAAUAUUUGUUCAGGCAAGCCAAAAGAACAUUAGGACCAAAGGAACCUGAACAUUUCAGAUAUGGACAUUGCAUGUGAGUUGCUGUAAUAUUGGCAAUAGGGGACUGAGAAAAAGCUUAUGGUAGUUUUAUGCUGGAGAAACACUGGAAGCCUUUUCUACUAGGGUUAGAAUCACACUGACUAAAUGAUAUUUCUAAAUGUGCCUCACUUUGCAAGAAUAAUAUUUAAUUGCAGGCAGAUAAUGGAGUGACUCAGUUUAUCAGAAAUCCUCUCAUCUGCUGUUCUGUGUGCUUUUGUCUUGCUGCUCUGUACCUCCUGUGCCUUAAUUAAAAGUAAGAUGGAAAAGCUGACAGAAGAUAACCGCUUUUUCAUUCAGGAAGGACUGAUUUUACAGACAAAGAAUAAGCCUUAACCUAGACUGAAGAAGAUUUCAAUGUGGAUUUCGUUUUGCUGAAUUAAUGUCUAGAAAACCUGCUUCAUUAGGAAUAAACUAGACUGCCAACUGUCCACAUUCAAGAUUUCUACACAUGGAUAUUAUUUUCCAUAUGAACAUGUAGUAUUUUUAUGCAUGCAGGUGUUUGCUUUAUAGAUCUUUUGUAUAUAACUGUACACAUUGUAAUAUGUAAAUGGUUACCAAAGCAACAUUGUUAAUAUAUAUUACUAAUAAUA